AGGCGGUUAGGCUUUGUAGUCGGUGAGGAAUGCGGAAACACUCCUGCUCUGUGUCAAACUGCUCUGAGGGGGUCAAGGCACAUUCAGCCAGCGUGGGAAAGCGAGGAGGAGACCGAGCACACACACGCUGCAUAUUCCUGCAUAGAUGGGAAAACAUAAAGGGGGAAGGACGGCCAUAGCAGAUCGAUGAAUAUCAGUCACUUUUUGUUGUCCACCCCGCUCUCGAGGGACUGAUCAGACGAUCUUUCACUUGAUUUGCUGUUGCAGUGGUGUGGUACUGGUGGGAGAUGGGGCUUAGCGCGUGCACCAUCGGACUACCUGUGUGGCCCUUUCCGAGGACACUGCACGAGCUGUGAUGCGUGAGGAGACGGUGGGAACUUACUGAAGUUUAUGAAUGACGCGAGACUCUCCGGGCGGAAUUUAACAAACGGGGCAGUGCACGUGCCAGCGCUGCUCUCCCAAUAAUGCCUUUGUGAAAUAUCCGCGCGCUCGUCACUUUUCGGGAUUCCCCGCAGUACGCAGUACCCGUGUGAAAAAAUGGACAAAGAGAGCUUGACCCAGCAAUAUGAGCCGGUGGCUGAGAUCGGUGAAGGUGCAUACGGAAAGGUGUACAAAGCACGGGAUUUGAAGAACGGGGGCCGCUUUGUAGCCCUGAAAAGAGUUCGGGUGCAGACCGAAGAAGAGGGAAUGCCGCUGUCGACCAUCCGCGAGGUGGCGGUGCUGAGGCAGCUGGAGUCCUUUGAGCAUCCCAAUGUGGUCAGGUUAUUUGACGUAUGCACAGUUUCCAGGACUGACCGGGAAACCAAACUUACUUUGGUCUUUGAGCACGUGGACCAAGAUUUAACCACAUAUUUGGAGAAAGCACCUGAUCCAGGAGUGCCUCCUGAAACCAUAAAGGAUAUGAUGUACCAGCUGCUGCAGGGUCUGGAUUUCCUCCACUCCCACCGUGUAGUUCAUCGAGAUCUUAAGCCUCAAAACAUUCUAGUCACUAGUGGAGGACAAAUCAAGCUGGCUGAUUUUGGUCUGGCUCGGAUCUACAGCUUUCAGAUGGCUCUUACUUCCGUGGUGGUGACGUUAUGGUAUCGCGCUCCUGAAGUGCUGCUUCAGUCCAGCUAUGCUACUCCUGUGGAUCUGUGGAGUGUCGGCUGCAUCUUUGCCGAGAUGUUCAGACGGCGCCCUCUUUUCCGUGGGAACUCUGACGUUGACCAGUUAGGCAAGAUUUUUGAUGUGGUGGGGGUCCCUUCUCCAGAGGACUGGCCGCAGGAGGUGGGCCUGCCACAGAGUGCCUUUUCCCCUCGCCCUCCCCAGCCCAUAGAGGACCUGGUGCCUGACAUGGAUGAGCUGGGCAAAUCACUUUUACUUCGUUUUCUGUCUUUUAACCCCUCCAGAAGGAUAUCAGCUUAUGAUGCACUGUCUCACCCAUACUUCCAGAGUCUCGACAGCACCAGCAAGAGUCUGUACACCCAACCCUUUCCCAGCCAAAAGCCCUCCCUGGAGGAGAGAGCUGCUUGAAAGACAUGCUUUCCCACUGUAGACCCCCAUCCAGUCCCCCUGUGAACCAGUCUUCCAGAGCAUAACGUCACAUGCUGCUUUUAAAAAGAUCACCGCAACUAUUGGUGGAUCAUGUUUUGUCUUUGCCCUCACUACUGCCAGCUCAUCCGGAUCAACAUCAUGCUGCCUGGAAUUACAUGUUUGACAAUAUCAGAAGCUGCUCUCGUCUCCCACCCACCUUCCUGAAAGGAAGUCUGUCUGCUCAGAGGAAAAUGUGCUUCUCGAAUCUGAAGCCACAUCAGCACACUGCCAGGGAUUGUGCGUCUGUUUGCAUCAAUGCAAUGUACAGGUCUAAACUGAGUCUUAGCUGCACAUCACUGCCAUGAAACAGCAAGGUCUUAAGUGGGACCGUGUCCGUCUCACUUGGAUUAAGCAAAUGUAGAACCACAACUACUGCGAGAUUCAGGCCCGUUGAACGGAACCGAUUAUUUGACACCUAAAGAUAUAACCGCUAAUUCACUUUUUUGUUUUUGAGCUCACACUUUCUAAGUCCUCAGCCAGGAGGAUUUUUGUGGUGUUUUCUGUUUUAUGUUGUUACUCUGCAGUUCAAGCAGGAGAGUGCGGACACAUCUCCUCAUGUGACUUUUUAUUUUUUUUUAAUGACUGCAUAACCACAGACAAGCAGCUUCAUUUAGUGCUCGGUUUAAUAUGGCAUUUCAUCACAAGCAUCCUGGUAUCCUGAAUCGUCCAGGACAGAGCUACCAAAUGCUUUGAAGCACUAGUUAACACCAUAUUUCCUUGAUUAUAAUGUGUAAGUGAUUUUACCUUCCAUAUAAGUUUCACAUCCUGUACACACAUUUUAUGUCAGUGUUGAUUGUUGACUUUUUUUUUUUGGCAUGUUAUGUCUUAAUUUUAGUGAACUUGAAGGUGUAGGUUGUUGUAGAAAUCCCGUCGAUUCAUAUACCAAACAGUCUGCACCCUGUUGUCAGGGAUUUAGUGUCGAGACGUAGUCGAAGGAUGACCCUCGCCGGGUUGCAUGUUGACUUUAGGGUUGGUUUAGUGCAGAAAUAAACCAAGAUGGAUAACAGAAAUACAUGUAUGAAAGUGUUAGAGCAUAGUUAUGAAAGUCUAAUAAAAGUAACUAUAGAGUUGGUGAGCGUUAAGUUCAAGGUCAGGUUGCGAGAUUCGUUGGAGGCUCGGAGAGUAAUGUAUUAUCCCAUAAUUCAAUGAUUAAGUCCAGGUCCUUUCUUAUACACUCAAUGCUGCAUCCUUCCAAUUCCAAUUUCACUUCAUUGUCUGGAUAGAUCAUCACAAAUGGCUAACAAGUCGUAAUAUCUCCUAGAUGGUUUGCUUUCAGUGCCGUCAUGUUUAGCGUGUGAUGGUAAAAGUGGAGGGAAGGAAGGACGCUGCUUCAGAAUUUAGCAUUUAGCCUGCUGAAUCCAGUUGAAGCUUUUGGAUGAGGAGCAAUAGGCAAGCACUGUAGUACUACAAAACACUCACACAGUUAAAGGGAUAGUUCACCAAAAAAUUAAGAUUCAUGCUCCAAACCGUCUUGUGGAACACAAAAGGAGAUAUUUUAAAGAAUGUUGGCAGCCAACCAGUUUUGGUUACCACUGACUUGCAUUGUAUGGACAAAAACAAACACUGAGACAAUUCUCAAAAUACAUCUUUGCAUUCCGCGGAAGAAACAAAGACUUACCGGUUUGGAAGGACAUGAGGGUUCGAGUAAAUGAUAAGAGAAUGUUGAUUUUUGGGUGAACCAUCCCUUUUAGAACCGAUGCUUGAUUCAUUUUCUCAGGAUCAGUAAACUCAUUCUGUCACAUUCCAAGCUCAGGUCUAUUUAUGACUAGUUUUAGAUUCAACAAAGGGUUCAGGUUUUAGCUUAACCAUUAAUCUCGCAGUAAUCCUCAUCGAUUAUGGACAGAUAAUGUAACAUACAGUUGGUCAUUUCAGCAUUUAUCAUUUUUUAUUUAUAUAAUAUUAUUAUUAUUAAUAAUAUUGAUAUUAUAUUGUAUGUAUUAAAUCACUGUCGUGUGGUAACUUUUGUACUGUUAGCAUUUUUGAUUUCACAAAUAUUCUGUGAUCAGCUAUCCGUUGUCUCAGUGCAUCAGUCUAUCAAAUGAUUUCAGUUUCUAAUUGGUGUGUAACGCCACCAGUUUUAAAAUCUCCACUGAACUGACGUUACGAUGGCUUUACCCUCCUCCAAAUAAGUCUGAGAUGAGAUUUGGUGAUUUCAGAGGGCAUUAGAUAGCAAACAGUGUACACCAAUGUAACUGUAGGCCUUUAUGUUCGUGGGUCUUGUACAGAACUAAUCCGUUUUUUGAGCUUGGUUAGUAAUUCUUAGUGUUUUAACAUUCUAAAUGUAUUAAAUGUUAGGCUUUUGAAUGUACAUCCCAUUCUUGUUAGUGAUGGAAAUUAAUUUUGGCAUGAUGUAAUGCUGGAUAAAAAAAAAUAGCACCUUUUGAUAUUUGAUAUUUGCAUUUCCCCAUGAAUUUUUUUCUUUUUUUUUUAUGAUUUGUUUUAGUUAGUCCUCUUUUAAAAUCACUUUUGAUUUGUGUGAUCGGAUAUCAUUUUAAGCAAAUUACUUUUGAAAACGCUGGACAUUGGUACAUGUUUUGCUCCCUACAUUUUGUGCUUAUUUAUUACCAUAUUAUAUUAGUUGACUGUAAUGCUUCAGAAGGCAUUCUGUCAAUGUACUACUCAAAUUUGUGAGUGGACAGUGAUGAACUAAUGGUGCUACACCUCACGUCACUGCAGACUUGAACAACUCGAAUCAAUAAGGCAAAUUUGUUCCUAAAAGAACAGUAACAAUAAAAGUGUCUUUUUAAAUAUUCUGUUUUAUUUUGGUUUCCUUUUUAUUGUAUUUUAUUUGUAUUAUAUUUUAUCAGUUGUUUUAUCAGUAUGUUUUCCCAUUUAUAAUUUACUCCAGACAGAGAAAACUUUGAAUUUAAAAAUCAUAAAGCUGGAAAAUACUAUCCAUUAAAUCACAGUAAUGUAAUAUGCUAAUUCAUCCACCAUGCAUUCAUAUUCUAAUCAAUGUGCACAAUCUUUUUAUUCUGUUUAGCUGCUGCACAGACACUGUGUAAUGAAAAUGAAUUAUUACCAUUAUAAUACAACUUUGUUCCUUUAUAAGCAUAUUUUAGUCAUUAAUAAUCAAGUGUUAUAUCACUUUAGACUGGCUGAAAUGUAUAUGGUUCAUUCCACUUAUUCUUUAAAACAUGUAAACUGAGUGGAAUGAUUUCUGAUGUUUUAUGAUGUAUUUCUGUUUUAUAAUCAUAUGUAUGUCUUAUAUUUUGUAGUUAUGUUUUAUGGAUUUCUGUAAUCAUUUAAAAAAAAAAAAAAAAAGUAAUUAUUUUAGUCUUUUAACUGUGCACAUUGAUUAGAAGUGGGAAUUGUUUGUCAAGGGUUUCUUUUUUCACACAUUGGCUGGAGAGUGAUGUGUUUUUUUUGUUGUUGUUGUUGUUUUUUUGCAAGAAACCAAUCUGCGGUGUACAUUUUUAAUGUUAAUGUUGCAUUUUAUGUUUUCAGCUUUGUCAUGAGAUGUGGGGAUGGAAAAAUGCUUUGUUUAAAAGUCUUGUUCAACUGUAUGUAAUUCUACUGCUAAAACAUUUAGCAUUUUUCUGCUUUUAGCAUACAGAUUUUGUUUUUGUUUGUUUGUUUUAUGUAAUGAAAGCACAUGUGGAUGGACUGUAGAUCACGUGCAUUUGACAUUACUUUUUUUUUUUUUUUUUUUUUAAAGCCUGGUUCAUCUAGUCAUGACUAGUCCAGUAAUGAUGGUUAAUCAUAAAGGAAGUAUAAUUUAUCUCCUUUUAUGAUGAAAUACUGAAAUUCAGUUUAAAGUGAAUCUCUUUUAAGCUAUAUGUUAUUCUGUUAAAACCGCGUAUUCUUGAAUUGAAAGCAGAUGCUUUGUUGAUUCAUUUCAGUGAGCUACUACAUUGUCAGUAAAGUGCAAAUAAUUGUAUGUUUUUUGCAAGAACCAAAUUGAAAUGAGUGUCGGUCAUUGUGCCCUUAUAGGACCAUAUUAGUUUGUUUUUCUUUGAAUAAGGAUGAAUGAGAUAUGGUAGUGUUGUGUCUUUGUUUUUGUAUUUUCUGGACUGGUUUUGCUGCUAAUGUUUGUCUUAGGCUCUGGCUCCUGUAUGAGUUUUAUUAAACUGGCCCACCUAAAGAUCCCAAUUUGCUGCCAUUGAGAAAAAAAAGCUGCUUUUGCAUUUUGUUUUAUAUCUGUAUUUGCCUGACGUUCUCAUAUUUUUGUAAAAUAAAUAUUCCAGUGUGUUAAA